AUGGGCAACACAGAUUUUGAGUGUGUGCACAGUGUAGUAAUUCCACCACCACAGCCAUUUUUGAAGUCAUUGAAGAACAAUCUCAAGGAAACAUUUUUUCCCGACGAUCCUCUCCGGCAAUUCAAGAACCAGCCGCCGGCGAAGAGGUUCAUAUUAGGCCUCCAGUACGUUUUUCCGAUACUCGAAUGGGGCCGGAAAUAUAAUUUGGAAUUCUUUAAGGCUGAUCUUAUUGCCGGAAUCACCAUAGCCAGCCUUGCUAUUCCUCAAGGAAUAAGUUACGCAAAGCUUGCAAAUUUGCCUCCAAUUCUUGGCCUAUAUUCGAGCUUUGUCCCUCCAUUGGUCUAUGCAGUAAUGGGAAGUUCAAGAGAUUUGGCAGUUGGAACUGUUGCUGUUGGAUCACUUCUCACGGCUUCAAUGCUGAGUGAUGUAGUGAAUAUAAAUGAUAACCCCACAGUCUAUCUUCAUCUUGCUUUUACAGCAGCACUCUUUGCCGGGCUUCUCGAAACAGUUCUAGGCAUUUUUAGGCUAGGGUUCAUAGUGGAUUUCCUGUCCCAUGCAACAAUAGUAGGGUUCAUGAGUGGUGCAGCCACUGUUGUGAGCCUACAACAAUUAAAAGGGAUACUUGGCCUCAGCCAUUUUACUCAUGCCACUGAUGUUGUCUCGGUUAUGCGUUCUAUUUUUUCCCAAACUCAUAAGUGGAGAUGGGAAAGUGCAUUGCUGGGAUGUUGUUUCCUUUUCUACCUACUGGUUGCCAGAUAUGUCAGCAAAAAGAGACCAAAUCUCUUCUGGAUAUCAGCAACAGCUCCGUUGAUAUCAGUUAUUUUGGGAACUUUACUGGUUUACCUUACCCAUGCUGAAAAGCAUGGUGUUCAAGUGAUUGGACACUUGAAGAAAGGGAUAAAUCCACCAUCAAUUAUGAAUCUUGAAUUUGGAUCACAAUAUCUGUCAACCGUAAUCAAAACUGGUUUCGUCACGGGCAUCAUUUCUCUUGCCGAAGGUAUAGCUGUGGGCAGAAGCUUUGCCAUGUUCAAGAAUUACCACAUUGAUGGAAACAAAGAAAUGAUUGCUUUUGGAAUGAUGAAUAUUGUUGGUUCUUGCACUUCCUCUUACCUCACCACUGGGCCAUUUUCGCGGUCAGCAGUGAACUUCAAUGCAGGAUGCAAAACAGCAGUUUCUAACAUUGUUAUGGCAUUAUCAGUGAUGAUAACAUUGUUGUUCUUAACACCAUUGUUCCACCAUACCCCACUUGUAGUUCUGUCUUCAAUUAUAGUUGCUGCAAUGCUUGGCCUAAUAGACUAUGAAGCUGCAAUCCAUCUUUGGCACGUAGACAAAUUCGACUUCGUAGUGUGCAUGAGUGCUUACUUGGGCGUCGUUUUUGCCGACAUUGAGAUUGGCCUAAUCUUGGCAGUUGGAUUAUCUGUUCUUAGGGUGCUUUUAUUUGUUGCAAGACCAAGAACCUUUGUUCUUGGAAAUAUCCCAGAUACUGGGAUUUACAGAAGUGUCGAUCAAUAUCCAAACACGAAUAAUGUUCCCGGGAUUUUGAUACUAGAGAUCGACGCUCCCAUUUACUUUGCGAAUGCUAGCUACUUGAGAGAAAGAAUUUUGAGAUGGAUUGACGAUGAAGAAGAUGAGAUAAAAUCAUCGGGCAAUUCGAGAUGGAUCGAUGAUGAAGAAAAUGAGAUAAAAUCAUCGGGAAAAACGAGCUUACAAUACGUCAUACUAGACAUGAGUGCCGUUGGAAACAUUGAUACGAGCGGGAUUAGCAUGUUUGAGGAGGUUAAGAAGAUCAUUGAUAGAAGAGGCCUCAAGCUUGUAUUAGCCAACCCUUGUGGAGAGGUGAUGAAGAAGCUGAACAAGUCAAAAUUCAUAGAUACAAUAGGCCAUGAAUGGAUUUUCUUGACGGUGGGAGAGGCUGUUGGAGCCUGCAAUUACACGCUUCACACUAGCAAACCAAAUUUGGCUUCCUCUGAUGAACUAAAGAAAUGUAGCAGCAAUGUGUAA